AUGGGCCUGGAAGCCGUAAAAACAUGCCAACUCCUACUUAUCAGUGCCCAUGGGUUCUACGGCGACGACAUAUCGGCUGCGUCUGGUGCAGAAAACCAUGACCAAGAUUGCAUAAUAGACCUCGUUGCGCGCCCGGGUCAGGCUAGUUGGGAGGUUGAAGGUCUCGCUCGACACACGCCCGACUUGAAGUUGGAUUGUUUCGUUGACACGACCGACCGGACCGCCUUCUUUUCACUUCGCGGCCAAUGCACCCUCAAGACCAGCACUCCCGCCCAUGUUUCACUGUUUCUAUUCAUCUACCCGGAGGAUAUUCAGUCCCUGGAGGUAUCAUACACUUCAAGCCCGCUUCCACAUCCCGAGGAGCAGGAAGCAGUACCUGAUAUAGACAGGUUCAUCCGUCUACGCUUCAUCAUAACACAGCCGCCCAGUUUGGUGGCGCCCAAGCAUCAGCCUCUGCAACCAAAACACCGCUCCGAAGCCCUGUUUGAUGCCCUACAAUCCCUGGCUACAGUCAAAGAUAUUUCCUUUUACUUGGAUCUGUCCUCCUUGCCAAUCGAGAUCCAGGCACAGCUGGCCUGUCUCCCAUCUAUCUUUUCGUCUGCCAACAUUCACAGUCGACCAAGAACUCACGUGAAUCGUGCAUCUCUUGUAAGGCUGUACGGCGGUGCUGGUGGGCAGACUGUCAACCCGAGCACCACGGCACGUGAACCAGGACACCACGAGGUACAAGAGGCACAACCAGGCAGUCCUACCCUUACUACCUCUGGUGUGCUUCAAGAUGCUGCGCCAACAUCAACCCAGACGCGCAAACGAUCAGCAAGCGCAAGCGGAUUCUUGCCUCCCUAUCACAAUCGCCAUGAUGAACGUGACAUCGCAAGUUCAAGCAACCUCCGAUUGUUCGAAUCGGCACAGGAGAACGCCUCCCCGAGUCAAGAGUUAACGCAAUUCUCCCCCACACCGGAUCGAAACGGAAAGCGCCCACGACUCGCAACGCCCUCUGACCUCGACUUGCCCUCUCUCCCGCCCACACCAACUGCUGCCGACUUUUUGGAAGCGUCGACAGACCCUUCAAAGUUCUACACCAUCAGGCAACAGUUACUCACCCGCAUCACAGCCCUUGAAACGCGUAACGAACAGCUCCUCACUCGCAACGUGACCCUUGAAGCGCGCGUCGAACAUUCUUCAAAGCUGGAAGAUUGGUUCAGGCUGGAAGUCCGUCAGCGUGUUGGCGGUGAGGUAACCCGUCAGCUUGACAAGCUGCACCACAAGACGGGUAGGAAGUGGGAGGAAGAAAUUAGGCAGGAAGUGCGGGAUCAGAUCACCCAGGAUGUGAAGGAGGAACUCUAUGAAGACGCAUCGAAACAUGUGCUGCAGAGGAUCGCGGCGGUAUUGGUGGAAGCGGUGGACGGGAGUGGGUGGCUUGUCCCUGGAAGCACUGCUUGUGAAAAUCUUUUGUCGCGUUCCGUCGUGCCUGGUGAAAACGCUCUUUACACCGCCGUCGCCGAUGUGCAAAAGACCCAUGCUGGGGAAAUGAGCGAGGAGGAGAUGGCUAGGGUGAUAGAUUACCUGGAGGAAAACCCGCUGAGCGCGGUUAAGUACAACGCUUGUAGGGAGACAAUGAGGAGGUAUUUUGUUGGGCAGUGGAAAGCUACGCGAAAGAGAACGUGGGGAGUAGCGAGGUGGUAG